GAAGAGAAAGGAUGAGCGGCGGCGGAGGAGGAGGAGGAGGAGGGGGGAGCAGGGGCGGCGCCGCCCCGCUGGCGGCGGCGGUGGGGCCGAUCCCGCCGACGGCGAGGAAGGUGGUGCAGAGCCUGAGGGAGAUCGUGAGCUGCUCCGAUGCGGAGAUCUACGCCAUGCUCAAGGAGUGUAACAUGGACCCUAACGAGGCCGUACAGCGACUACUCACCCAAGAUACUUUUCAUGAAGUGAGGAGCAAACGUGACAAGAAAAAGGAGGGCAAGGACACCCUGGAACCUAGGCCACGUGUAGCGAGUAACACUUCGAGUCGAGGAAGUAAGGGUGCUGUUGACCGUUAUGGACGCUCUCAACAACCCAGCUCUAGUGAUUACUCGCUGACACGUGGUAAAGCUCCAAACAGAAGAGAAACAGAGAUAAGCUCUGUACCCACCUCAUCAAUCUUGGGAUCUGGCAUCGAAGCAAGCAAUAUGAAUCAAAAGCAAUCUGUUCCAAGCGGUUCUGCUACCAGCAAUGUUAUGAUGCCGCCACCUGGCUUAGCUGACGGCAAACCUGCGCCCGUGCAAAUUUCAUCAGGAUUUCAGCACAGUUGGACUGGGAUGCCGGGUCAAUUGUCAAUGGCUGAUAUAGUAAAAAUGGGCCGGCCUCAAGGCAAACCCUCUGGCUUUCCUAUUUCAGCAAGUGAGAGAUCUCACACUGCACAAAGUGCAAUUAUAAGCAAUAUCCCUAAUCAAAAUCCCAAGUUACCUCCAGCUGCACAAGAAUUGGAUCAGGGAGUGCCUGCUACAAAUAUUGAUAAUGAAGCUGGCGUUGAAACUAAUCAUGAUGAUUGGUCUGUUAUUGUCGAACAAUCAGAAUCAUCAGCUUCACUGGUUGAUACAGUUAACUUGCAUGCUGAUCCUUAUUUAGAUGAAAGCCAAGAAGCGGAUGGGGAUGUCGAUGAUCCCGCUGUGACUGAAAGAGAAAUACAAGUGGAGAAUUCUGAAAACAGUUUGGAUGUGGAUGAUGGCUUGUCGAAGAACAUCAAUGCUUAUGAGUCUCAAAGGAAUCAGUUUGAGCCUCACGAUGCUGAAGAUGCUAAUGCAGAAAUAUCAUCAGCUGCGGCGAGCUUCCAACAACUAAGUCUACAUGAGGAUGAAAAAGUAACAGCUAAAUCUGCUGAAGAUGGUCCAGCUGUUAUAAUUCCUAAUCAUCUACAAGUUACAAAUGCCGACUGUGCCCAUCUGAGCUUUGGUAGUUUCGGCUCUGGAACAUUUUCUGGAUCUACUUUUCAGUCAAAGCCUGUGCAGAGUAGUUUGGAGGUUGCUCCAAUUACAGAAAAUACUCAUUCAGUUGAACAACCAGAUGUCAGAAAUCAUGAGUACUAUAAUGAUGGCCCAGUAGAGUCUGCAACACAUGAGAAUAUUCCUUCUGGAACUGUCUCAAGCACAGAGAACCGUGAGAUGCCUUCAGCUUCUACGCUUUCUGAGGUUACAAGAACUGAUUCAGUAGAUGCUUCUCAUGGGAUUCAGUACAACUUACCAUCUGUCUCCGGUUAUGCAUUCUCAAGCACCUCGCAGCCAAAUGCCUCAGCUUACACUUACCCACAAGGGAAUGCUCAAGUGAAUCUUUCCCCAUUUUCGAGUCUAAUGCAAGCAAAUACUUUACCAACUAGCUUGCUGGCACCAUCUGCUCCGCAAGUUCGGGAUUUUGACCUCUCCUUCUCACCCUUGCUGACGACCCAGUCGAUGCCUACGAAAUAUACUACAGCUGUGUCAUCUAUUAGUGGCGCAUCCAUUUCAAUGCCGGAGAAUGUGAAGCCUGGGGGAUUCUCCAACCUUCAGUCAACUCAAUCUCUGUCCGGUUCGGCCAUUCCCACUGGCCCUCCACUCCCCCAACAUCUACCUGUCCACCACUACCCUCAACCAUCCCUUCCUCUGGGCCCGUAUGCAAAUAUGAUUGGGUACCCGUUUCUUCCCCAGAGCUACACAUACCACCUACCAUCAGCUUCUUUCCAGCAGCCAUACUCGAGCAACGGCCCGUUUCACCAAUCUGCGGCCACUUUACCAACGGCAGGCAUGAAAUCUACACUGCCACAAUACAAAAACAGCUUUUCCGUCGCGAACUUGUCUCAACAGGGUUCUGUCGGAUCCGGUUAUGGAGCUUUUGGGAGUUCGAGCAACAUCCCUGGAAACUUUUCCCUGAACCCGAAUACUUCGUUGGCCAGCACGACACUCCGGCUGGACGAAGCCUUGAGCUCACAAAACAAAGAUGCGGCUCACUACAUGUCUCUUCACCAGAGUGAGAACCCUGCCAUGUGGCUCCAGGGAGCAAGCUUGAAAACAAUGUCGGGACUUCCGCCUAGCACUUUCUACAGCUACCAGGCGCAGCAGGGCCAGCCAGCAGGCUUUCGUCAGGGGCCACAGUCCUCUCAAUACGGCGCGCUCGGCUACCCGAACUUCCACCACGCCCAGGCCGGGGCGGCCCAGGGGGGCCACCAGCAGAGCCCCGACGAGGGCAACUUGAACAGCUCACAGGCUACGGCACCCUCUCAGCCAUCUCACCAGCUAUGGCAGCACAGCUACUGAGUUCCAGUAGUUUCUUCCGACUUAGGGUUUCCGAGGAGCGGCCUCUCGCUAUCAGUAGUUGCCGUGUUGGGUGAUAAGUUUCUUAUACUUCCGUGCCUGAUGAACCGUGAAUAGCAGCAAGAGUAACAGAACAGCUGCUUUCGCGAGAAUGUCGAGAGGCCCAGUGUAUUGUAGGUUUCGCGCGUGUUUUUAAAUUUUAACUUGUAGGGUAAAACGGGACUAAUUUGAGCUGUGUGGGUUUAUUUGUUUCUGGGAAAAAAGGAGUAUUAUCUGCGGAUUUAUCGAAUGUAACGUUUGCUUAACCUAAAGUAUCUAACAGGGGUUGCUUUCAUAUUCUCUAAAUACAGCAUAUGUUUACCGGUGUUCA